GUAAGACUUUUAAGAGCAUUCCACCAAUGCCUAUUUCAAGAGCUCCCAAGGACAAACUCUUCUCUCUUGUGGAAGACCCAGUUAGGCUUUUGAAAUUAGCAGCUGACAAUAAAAACCUGAAAGUUGGGAAACAAAUCCAUGCCCAUGUCGUAGUUACAGAUAAAGUCUCCAGUCAUAGCAAUUUGGUCCAAACAAAUUCCCUUAUAAAUCUCUACGAGAAAUGUGGUCGACUUUCGGUUGCUCGCCAACUGUUUGAUAGUAUGCGCCUGAGAAAUGUCGUUUCUUGGAGCUCCUUGAUGGCCGGGUAUUUGCAUGAAGGGCUUGCCUUGGAAGUUCUUGGCUUGUUCAAGAGUAUGGUUUCGGCGGACUAUAAUCGUCCGAAUGAGUUUGUGUUGACCACUGUUCUUUCGUCAUGUUCUGAUAGUGUGAGAGUUGAGGAGGGCAAGCAGUGUCAUGGCUAUGUGUUGAAGUCUGGAUUGGUGUUUCAUCAGCAUGUGAAGAAUGCCCUUGUUCACAUGUAUUUGAGGUGUUCGGAUGUGAAAGGCGCUAUGCGGGUUUUUAGUACAGUUCCGGGUUAUGAUGUUUUCUCUUAUAAUUCUGUAUUAGAUGGGCUAUUAGAAGAAGGGCAUCUAAAGGAAGCAACAGAAGUUUUAAGGUUGAUUAUGAGGGAGGAUGUGGUGUGGGAUAGUGUUACUUAUGUUACCGUUUUUGGCCUUAGUUCUAGUCUUAGAAUUUUGAGAUUAGGUUUGCAAGUUCACUGCCGGAUGUUGAAGACCGACAUUGAGUCUGAUGCCUUUGUUAACAGUGCGAUCAUGGAUAUGUAUGGGAAAUGUGGAAAGCUUGUAAAUGCGGUGAAUAUUUUUGAGCACUUGCGAAAUCGUACUGUUGUCUCCUGGACGACAAUCAUGGCUGCCUAUUUCCAAAACGGGUACUUUGAGGAAGCAUUCAACCUUUUCGUGAAAAUGAAACUUGAAGAUGUUAGUCCAAAUGAGUAUACUUUUGCUGUGUUGUUGAACUCGAGCGCUUCUUUGUCCGCGCUGAGACGUGGAGCGCUGUUACAUGCCUGUGCCGAUAAGUCGGGUUUCAAGGAUCAUGUCAUUGUUGGAAAUGCACUGAUCAAUAUGUAUGCCAAGAGUGGCAACAUUGAAGCAGCAAAUGAAGUGUUCUCAGACAUACAAUAUCGAAACGCCGUGACAUGGAAUGUGAUGAUCUCGGGGUAUUCCCAUCAUGGGCUUGGAAAGAAAGCUCUACAUGUGUUCCAAGACAUGCUGACUGCUGGAGAUCAUCCUAACUACAUAACUUUUGUAGCCGUUCUCUCUGCUUGUGCCCAUCUGGGUCUUGUCCAACAAGGGUUCGAUUAUCUGAAUCGAGUAAUGAAACAAUUUGGAAUUGAACCUGGAGUGGAGCACUAUACAUGCAUUGUUGGGCUUUUGAGCAGGGCUGGACUGCUUGAUGAAGCCAAGAACUACAUGAGCUCUGUAUCGGUCAAGUGGGACGUUAUUGCCUGGCGCACUUUACUCGAUGCUUGUUUUCUGCAUCGAAAUUAUGGUUUAGGCAAGCGAGUUGCCGAAAUUGUUGUGCAGAUGGACCCUAAUGAUGUGGGAACAUAUCUACUUUUGUCGAAUAUGUAUGCUAAAGCGAGGAGAUGGGACGGAGUUGUGAAGAUUCGAAAACUUAUGAGGGAAAGGAACAUCGAGAAGGAGCCUGGAGUGAGCUGGGCUGGGGAGAUAAAAGACACUGCCCAUGUCUUUGUUUCAGAGGAUAACUCCCACCCCGAGUCUAGACAAAUUUACAAGAAAGUAGCGGAGCUGUUGGCCAAGAUUAAACUAUUGGGGUAUGUACCAGAUAUUACUGCGGUAUUGCAUGAUGUAGAGGAUGAGCAGAAAGAAGAUUUUCUCAGUUAUCACAGUGAAAAGUUGGCCAUAGCAUAUGGCCUAAUGAAAACGCCUUCUGAAGCGCCCAUCCGUGUUAUUAAGAACCUUAGGAUGUGUGAUGACUGCCAUACUGCAGUGAAACUGAUUUCGAAACUCACUAAUAGAGUAAUUAUUGUUAGAGAUGCGAAUCGUUUCCACCACUUCAAAGAUGGGCACUGUUCUUGUGCAGAUUACUGGUGAUAAUUUGAAUUUUUAAGUUAUAGCAGCAAAAUUGCACAUCAUAGAGUUAGCCUUCAUGUCAGAGUCACCAAGACUCUUGACUAUCAUGCAGUCUUUCUACAGUUUUUGAGUU